AUGUUCAAGGACGAUACGUGCAAAGAAGUAAUCGAUAAAGCUGCUUCGGAUUUAAUCGCUCAAGGUGGAGUCGUCCACCAUCGUUAUGAAAGUUCUAUUCUUGGAUUCUCUGCAACUGUUCCAUACAGUCUUAUAAGCGUCCUUGAAGCCAAUGAGCAUGUCGAUUCUGUCGAGCUUGAUGGACAAGUCAAGACUAUGCCUAUCAAAAACUAA